GCAAUUCUUUUCUCAUUAUUUCGUUUGAUUUUUUUUAUAGAAUUCGAAGCCGAACUGGUAUUCGAAUAAUGAACGAAUGGCCAUGAAGGAUUUCUAAACCUAACGACUACUUCUCAGGAUGCAAGUUUGUUUACAAAACAAUGACUGAAAACGAUACUUUGUACAAGUUAUUAAGAAAACAGCAGAAUUUUAAUAAGGAAAAGAACUAGUGACUAAGCAGUGAAGCUAUUUUGAGCAAUUCAAUAAUGUUCGAUCACAUGUUACAUACGGAUGGAUAUAAUUCAAGGAUAUUUACCAUAAAGAAACGACGUUGCAUUGUCAAGAGUCUUAGUGAAUGGUUAUAAUUUCGAAGUGUAUCCUGAAAAUAAUAGUGGAUGCAGUCAAACGAAUGGCAGUUGGAAGGAGAAAUGUACGGAAUUUCUAUCUCAAUUCUACCCACAAUUCUAAAUUGCAAUAUACGCUGCAAUCGGGAUAGAAUUCAGCACCAUAAAAUAGAAAAGAAUAAUUUUUUUUCAUUAGAUGUGCUUGGAAUUUCUCAUUUACGCUGUAUGAUUUUAUUGUUUAUUAAUAAACAUAUGUGAAUAUUUGCAUAUGCAUGCAUAAAAUAGAAAUUUGAAACUUGUGUAAUAAAGUAUAACCCAAAUUUUAAAAUAAUUAAUAAAGUAUAACGUAGAUUUUAAAGUGCACUUAAAUUUUAAGAAUCAUAAUUUUAUUUGUAUAAAGAGAAAAAUUUCAUGUGCGCUGUUAGAAAAAAUAUUAGCGAAGUUAGAACAUUAUUGUGCAUGAUUUUCUAAAAUGUGGUUUUGCAAACUGAAAUUGAAGGUUUUGUGGCUAAUGAAUUAGUAUAUACUCAAAACUAAUUGUUUUUUAAUAUAUAUUUUAUUUUACUUACAUAAUGGAAUCACCAUACGCCUCUAGUUUAUAUAGUGAAUCAUUUUCUCAGCAGCAAAAUUUAGAAGCAUGCAUCUCAGCAGCAAAAUUUUCUAAAAAAUCAAUUUUAGAAAAUCAUUCGCGGACGCAUACGAAAGAGAGACCGUUUGCAUGCAAAAUGUGUGACAAAGCAUUUUCACGCAAAUCGAAUUUGUAUGCACAUUUACGAACGCAUACCAACGAAAAACCAUUUGUAUGUGAUAUAUGUAAUAAAGCAUUUUUAGCAAGAACGAAUUUAAAUAAACAUUUACGAACGCAUACCAACGAAAAACCAUUUGUAUGUGAUAUAUGUAAUAAAGCAUUUUAUGACAAAUCCGCUUUAAAUAUACAUUUACGGACACAUACAAAUGAGAAACCUUAUGCUUGCUCCAUUUGCAGUAAAACGUUUUCUCAGAAUCGAAAUUUAAAGAAUCAUUUGCAGACACAUGCAAUAGAAAAACCAUAUUCAGAUGACAUUUGCAAUAAAGCUUUUUCUCUGGUACCUCAUUUAGAGACAUCUUUACAAGCGCAUGCGAAUGGGAAAAGUGCAUGUGAUGUAUGUAAUAAAAUAUUUUAUAAUAAUACGUCUUUAUUUAAGCAUUUACGAACACAUACGAAAGAGAAACCAUUUGCGUGUGAUAUUUGUAAUAAAGCGUUCUCUAUUAAAUCGUACUUAAAAUUACAUUUACGUACACAUACAAAAGAGAAGCCAUAUGAAUGUGAUUUUUGUUGUAAAUCAUUUUCUCUGCAGCAGCGUUUAAAGAUGCAUUUUCGGACGCAUACAAAUGAAAAACCGUAUGUAUGCAACGUUUGCAAUAAAGCUUUUUCUGACAGAUCUAAUUUAAAGGCACAUGCACGGGUACAUACGAAACUUGAAUUGUUUACUUGUGACACCUGUCAUCUAGAGUUUUCUAAAAAGUCUUGUUUAAAAGUACAUUUACGUACACAUGUCGAAAAGAAACUGUUUUCAUGUGACAUAUGUAGUAAAGCAUUUGCACAAAAGUCGAGUUUAAAAGUACAUUUGCGUACACAUACAAAAGAAAAACCGUACUCGUGUGUCAUUUGUAAUAAAGCAUUUUCUCAGUCUGCGAAUUUAAAAGCGCAUUUACGGAUGCAUACAAAAGAGAAACCAUUUGCGUGUGACUUUUGUAGUAAAACAUUUUCUUACGCAGCAGGUUUAAGGGCACAUCUGUCAUUACAUACUAUAGAGAAUGUAUGUAACAUGCCCCAAUAAUAUUUAAUAUAAAGUGUUAUUUCCAGCAGUUUUUAUUAAUAAAUAUGAAAGAGAAGGAAAUGAAGAAGAAGAUUUUUACUUUCUUGUAUACGAGGUAUACAAAGACAAAAUAUUUUACUCGUCCAAAAAUUUGCUCUCAAGAUAUUGACUAUCCCCACAUUUCAGAACUUUCCAAGUCUCUGGAAAGCGCAUUUUUUGAAAUUAUAUCUAUCUGUGAGUAUGAUAACUAAUAAAUGGUUUGAGCUAGAUGGAUGAAAUUUGGUAUGCGAUCUGUACACCAAAUAUGUAGAUUAAGAUAAAAUUUGGUAUGAAAUACAUUCAAAGAAAGUUAUCUGUCUGUGCGUCCAUGUGCAAGUAAACGCGAUAACUACAAAGCGUAAAGAGCUAGAUGGAUAAAAUUUGAUAUAUAACCUUGAUACUUAAAAUAUAGAUUCGUAUCAUGCUUUGAAUCAAAUUUAUCAAUGGGUUGACCAUUCUGUACGUGCACAUGCAUGUAAAUACGACACCUCAUAAACGUUAUAAAUGGCACGGAUAAAUAGAAAUGUGGUAUGUGGUUCUUUCUGUACCAAAUUUUAGCAAGAAAUAGUCGAAAAAAAGGAUUCCAAUAUCCAAUUUUCUUCGCUAUACUACGAAGCACCAAACACGCAUGUGCAGGAGUUUGAAAAAAAGAAGGGACACUUGUGUGCAUUCACUGCCGUGACCAAUGUCUAUGUCCAGUUUUAUGUUGGAAAGAGAAUGAAUAAUAUCUUUAUUAGGGAAUAAAUAUGCGAGAAAGUUUAAGGUAGACCAUUCCUACUUGUUUUUAAAAUAAAUCGUUUGGGAAAAACGUAUUAGCCUUUAAAACAAAAUAAUUUUAAAUGAGAUUUCUUUUUCACUUCUCAUUUUGGCAGUCAAACCACGUGAGGCGCAUGAAGACUUCUAUUAUUACACUGAUUCAUUUCACUUCAAGACAGUCAAUAUGUUGCCAGGUGCAAGUUACAGAAAUGUUAACUUUUUAUUAUUAUGAUACAUGUUCUCGUUGAAGACGCAUUCUGGGAAGCGCAUUACAUAAAAUGGUUCAUUUGGAAUAUAUGCAAUGCAUGGAAAAGCUCUAAGGAUUAAUGACAUCAGUUUUUUAAUUAAUAUGUGUAUGUUAUACCAAAUGCACUGAAAAAACAUUUCAUUUCAUGAAAGAAAAAAAAUUUGUAUUCUAAAUGAUUAAUUAGAACAAGAUUGUAUUCUAAUGAUUAUUAAAGAUUUUUUUUAUUCUAAAUGAUUAGAUAUGUCCAGUGAAUAACUCAAUUAAUUUACUUCUUUAAAAUCUUUAUUGAAACUUUUAAAUGAAUGUAUCUAUUUAUGAGCCAAUUAUUUAUUUCCCUGAUAAGCUAAUCUUAGAAUUACUAAAAAUAUGCCAGUUUUUUUACCAUUAUAUAUAAAUUAAAAUAUAUUUAAUAAACUGUCUAGCAAUUGUAUUUUUCUGUAGAAUAUUUUAAUUCUUAUUUGGCAAAUGAUGAAAAAUUGUAGUAAAAACAAAUUAAGUUGCACAUAUUAAAUUAGUAAAAUAUGUCUAACAUAUUUUAUGAGUUCUUAGAAAUUUAUUUUAAUUAAAUUAAUUUUCAGAAGUUGAUUUUAAUUAUUAUUCAGAAAUUUUUCUCUACGUUUACAAUACAUAUGUAAAAUAUUUGGAUUUGUACAUCUCCCAUGAAAAUUUCUGAAGCAACAGUGCCAAAUAAAGGGUUGAACAAAAGGAUUUUCAACUACGUACACAUAAAAAAAAUCUUCUGUGGUAUUUUAGUCCUUUUUAAUUCACACCUGAACAUAAAAUAGAAUUAAAAAAAAAAUUAAUUAGACUUUAUUUUAUUUUAAAAUAGAACAGCUAUUUGAUUUGUUAAAUAAUUUUAUACAUUACAAAAUAUAUUUCUUUUUGUCUUAAGUGUGGCAUUGCAACACUUGCGCUUUAUUGUAGAAUUUUUUUGUCUUUGAAUUACAAGAAUACAUCAGAACAUUAAUUGUUUUUACGAUCAAAAACUCUCCAGAUCGACUUCAAAAUCUCUACAUUGGAAUUACUAUCUCUUGACAUCAAGUGAAUCAAAUAUAUGCCUUGACAUACAUCAAAGUGUCAAAUAUGAUAUUAAUAUAAAAUCUUCUAAAUUAUCUAAAAUGAUCGAAAUAAUUCUUAUUUCCUAGUUUUGCUGAUAUUGUUGUCAGAUGAAAUUGCAAUCAUUACUUGUGUCUACUGUAUUUUUGUGAAGCAAUGACUGUUCAUUAUUUGUCAUUUGUUGCUGAUGUGGUAUUAUAAUUAUUAUAUUUUGUUUAUUUGUACUACUAAAAGACUUCGAGAGGGAGAGAGGUACUUGGCUGUCAAAUCAUUUUUACUUCCCACGAAAUUCAAGGUUUUUUGUUGUUGUACCAUGAACUCCCCAGAAUUCUCUUAAGAUAGACUUUUUUUUUUGAUGAAUUUAUCUCAGAAUAAUGAUUAUGUACAUUACGAUGGUACAUUUUAUUCAUUUUGUUUUUGUCUUUUUAUUAAAAAUGUAAAUGCAUUUUUUGAAUUUCGUCCUAUGCCUAUUCUGUGUUAUGUCGUGAAAGAUCAUACAGUAUGUUUGGCUUUAUUAUAGAAUUAUUAUCAA